AUGUGGGACGACCUCAUCGCCGUGUGCGUCGAAACCCCAGGCGCGACGCGAAAGCUGUUGGACGCGAUAGGGAGGGGCGACGCGCGCGGCGCGGAUCCGCGGCGGGUGGUGGAGCGGCUCCCCGCGGGCGCCGUCGUCGCCGGCGCGAGAGCGGCGCUCGCGGAGGUGCUCGGCGCGCGGCGUGUGGAGGCGGAGGCGUGGCGGAGGCGACGCGAGGAGAUGGAGGGGAUCGCACGGCGGGCGCUGAGAGAGCGGGAGGAGGUGGGGAGGCGCGCGUACGACCCGGCGAAGGUGUCGUUCGCGUCGUGA